AUAAUUAACAAGUAUAUUAAUCAAGUUUAUUUUUAUUUGACAAAAAAUCAUGUUUUUAAUUGAAGCAUUGAAUAACAAGAAUAAUAAUUGCAUUUUGAUAAAUAAUAGUAAUUUGUUGUCAUGUUGUUUUUUUUUUCAAAUAUAAAUAUCAUAAAUAUAUUUGGGCUCAUUUUAUAAUUUAUUAUUAAAUUAUAAAUAAGUACAAUGCAUAAUAUGUAGAUAUGAUGAUGUAAUUAUAAAAUAUCCAGUUUCAAGAUGGGAAAAUAAAAAUAAAAAAAAACUACAACAAAACAACAAACACGAAUUGUAUUACAUCAAGUGGUUAAGAAUUAAGAUGAUAAGAUAAUGAUAACCUUUUUGUAAAAAAUAUACAUUACAUUAUAUUUAUUUUUUAAUAUAAAAAAAAAAUAAAAUCUUAUUUUGGAGGGAGAUGAUAAUAAUAACAACAACAUGUCGUUGCCGCCAUUAAACAACAUCAAAAUCAAACGUCGUCGUCAUCAUCAGAUAAUUUAUUUAGAUCAGUUUGAACAAGUUUGUCAAUUAAAUUGAUAGACAAGUCAUUUAAUUCAACCAAUUGCAUUCUUUGUUUGAUUUAAUAAUACUGUUCACUCAGUGUUUGACCAUCCAUCCAAGAGACAUUUUUUAAUAAUUAUCAACAUUUUUAAAAUGUCACAAAGCUCAAGACUCAUAACUACUUUAACAGCAUCAAGUGGAUUAAUUAAAAAUCGUGGUAGUUAUGGAAUGCUCCAAGUUUCUACAAGACUUGCCAGUUCUUGGUGGUCACAUGUGGAAAUGGGCCCCCCAGAUGCAAUAUUGGGUGUGACUGAAGCUUUUAAACGUGACAAUAAUCCUCAAAAAAUAAAUCUUGGUGUUGGAGCAUAUCGUGAUGAUAAUGGAAAACCAUUUGUACUUCCAAGUAUCAUUAAGGCUGAUGAAAGAAUCAAGUCAAAAUGUAUGGACAAGGAAUACUCUCCAAUAUCAGGAGAUGCUAAUUUUUGUCAAAGAAGUAUAACACUUGCUCUUGGUGAUGACAAUAAAAUUGUUGCUAAUAAAUUAAAUACUACAGUUCAAGGUAUAUCAGGAACUGGAUCUCUAUGUAUUGGUGCAUACUUUUUGAAUAAAUAUUUUCCAGGCAAUAAGGAAAUAUAUUUACCUGCACCUACAUGGGGUAAUCACAUUCCACUAUUUAAAAUGGCUGGACUUGGUGUUAAAUCAUAUCGUUAUUAUGAUCCAAAUACUUGUGGUUUAGAUUUUAAAGGUGUCCUUGAAGAUAUUUCGAAAAUACCAGAAAAAUCAAUGAUUCUUCUUCAUGCUUGUGCUCAUAAUCCAACUGGAGUUGAUCCAAAAAUUGAACAGUGGGCUGAACUAUCACAUCUUAUUAAAAAAAAAAAUAUAUUUCCAUUUUUUGAUAUGGCUUAUCAAGGUUUUGCCUCUGGUGAUGUAUCAAGAGAUGCUGCUGCUGUUAGAAUGUUUGUCAAGGAUGGCCAUGAAAUUGCUCUUGCUCAAUCAUAUGCUAAAAAUAUGGGUCUUUAUGGUGAGCGUGUUGGUGCUUUUAGUUUAGUAUCUUCAAAUGCUGAUGAGGCAUCAAAAGUUAUGUCACAAAUUAAAAUUUUAAUAAGACCAAUGUACUCAAAUCCACCAAUAAAUGGUGCUCGUUUGGUCAAUGAAAUACUUGGUGAUGAACAAUUGAAAAAAGAAUGGCUUGGUGAUGUCAAGGAAAUGGCUGAUAGAAUUAUUGGAGUAAGAACAAAACUUCGUGAUAAUUUAAUUAAAAAUGGAAGUACUCGUGAUUGGUCUCAUAUCACUGAUCAAAUUGGAAUGUUUUGUUUUACUGGACUAAAGACCCCCGAGGUUGAAAAAUUAACGUCAAAAUUCAGUGUCUAUUUGACAAAAGAUGGUAGAAUAUCAAUGGCCGGUGUAACAUCUAAAAAUGUUGAAUAUCUUGCUCAUGCAAUUCACCAAGUCACCAAAUAAAUUACAUUAUGAUGAUGAUGAUGAUAAUAAUAAUUAAUCCAAUAAUUAAAUAUCAAGGCCAUUGAAAUAUCCUAGUGCACUCAAAUACAACAAUUAUUAUGUAAAAAAAAUAAUAUGCGCUGCAGGCAGUGUUGAUUACACACUAUUUACUGUCUUAUUAAUUGUUAUUAUUAUUAUUAUUAUUAUUGUGUAAAUAAAUAAAUAAAACAACAACAACAAAAUAUUUAUAUAUAUAUAUAUAUAUAUACAUAAUAUAAAUAAAAGAUUAAAAAAUAAAUAAUGUUAACACAUU